AUGGCCUAUCUGGAAAUUUCUGACAAUUCCUUGACAGGAUUUGAACAACCUCCAGUUUUUAUUGCUUGGGUUCAAUUGGUCAUCUUAGAUCUUACAUACAACAGACUAGAAGGCCAAUUAUCAAUUCCACCAGCAUCCACCGAAGAGUACCAAAUUUCGAACAACAAACUGAGUGGAGAAAUUUCACCCUUCUUUUGCAAUCUGAGUUCCCUUCGGUUGCUUGAUUUGUCUAAUAACCUGUUGACUGGUAAGCUUCCGCAGUGUUUUGAAAAUUUCAGGAAUACUUUACGGGUAUUGAAUAUGAGUAACAACCAGUUUCAUGGUAGCAUUCCCCAAAUGUGUGCAAAUGGAAGCAAUGUGAGAAUGAUUGAUCUAAGCCACAAUCAGUUCCAAGGACGUUUACCACAAAUGUUGGCCAAUUGUAUGAUGCUUCAAGUUCUCAAUCUUGGGAAUAAUCGAUUCAGUGAUGUUUUCCCUUCAUGUUUUACAGGUAAAUUGCCAUCUGAGUUCUUCAAAAAUUUGAAUGCCAUGAGAGUUAAAGACGCUGAGCUAGAAUCACUUGAUCUCUCUAACAACAAGCUUUCAGGACAGAUCCCUCCACAACUUGCACAACUGACAUUUCUUGAAGUCUUUGAGGUUUCUCAUAACCAUCUCACUGGACCUAUACCCCAAAUGAACCAACUUAGCACGUUUGAUGUCGGUUCAUACGAGGGGAACUUGGGAUUAUGCGGGAAUCCAUUGCCAAGAAAAUGUGAAAGUUCAGUACCACCUUCAGGUUUAGAAGAAGAACAAAUUUCAAAAUCUACAUUAGAGUUUCAUUGGAUGACAGUUGUGCCAGGAUAUGAUUCUUUAGGCGUUGUGACUGAAGUUGUUUUCUACUCAAGUAGUCAAUGGUUGUUGUGUGGAAAAUUUGAGCUCUGCCUCUUUGGUUCUGAAAGUCCACUUUGCCAUAAUGAUGACAGCAUUGCCUUGUUAGAGUUCAAGAACAGCUUUAUUAUAGACAAGUUGCUUCUAGAAAUCCUUUUGCAUAUCCCAGAGUUUAAUCCUGGAGAAGAGAAUAGAGAUUGCUGCUCAUGGGAUGGUGUAGCGUGCGAUACUUACACCGGUUGUGUCGUUGCGCUAGACCUCAGCAGCAGUUUCCUUCAUGGUUCUAUAAACUCCACCAGCACCUUCUUCAACUUCAAAGGCUUAACCUUGCUUAUAAUGAUUUCGACUUCUCUCAAAUCCCUUCUGCAAUGGGUCAUCUUUCAAGGUUGA